AUGCCGUCUUCGAUGCCGUUGUACCUCGCUGCAUGUUGCGCGGGCUCCGCACCGAAAGGGCAUUUCACUUAUAUUCCGAAUGCCGGCGCUUUCAUGGGAAGUUUCAAACUUGCCUCGGAGCGCGUGGAAGCCAGAUUCUCGGAGAAGCUCGACUAUGCAGACGCUAAACUCAAAGGCCUUAUCAAAAGCCAGCCUGCGAAUCCCGACUCUACUGUUAGUGUCACGGUUUAUGUUACGGUUUAG